AGAUGAUCGGAAAUUGACACAGCCGCCCUCCGCUCCUCUCGCCCUACCGAGGCGAACCCUUAACAGCAUCCCCGCCAGACAUGCCAGACAAGGCGGACCGCAUUUAGCCGGCGUGGCUUCUUCGCCCAAGACAAUUUCAUAGCCGCUUAUAAGACAUUUGACGGUAUCUAUUUUUAGCCUGAAGAGUUGCAAAGUUGGUGUUUAUCUGAACAUAAUCAACAAUGGCAUCAGCAAAUGUUACACUAGAGAAUCAGCUGCACAGCGCACAGAAAAACUUGCUCUUCCUCCAACAAGACCAUGCAAACACUUUAAAGGGACUACAUUCAGAGAUCCGCAGAUUACAACAGCAAUGCACAGACCUGACUUAUGAGCUCACUGUUAGAAGCUCUGACCCUUCAGACAGUGGAGAGAUCCGUUGCAGAGAGCUGCAAAGGAGAUGUGAGGAGUUGGAGGCCCAGUUAAAGAAGAAGGAAGAGGAGAAUACAGAACUGCUCAGGGACCUGGAGCAAAAGAACGCCAUGAUAUCUGUCCUGGAAAACACGAUAAAAGAACGGGAAAAGAAAUACCUGGAAGAGCUCAAGAUGAAGAGCCAUAAGUUGGCUGUUUUGUCUGGCGAACUGGAGCAGAGAGCAAGUACCAUCGCAUACCUUACCUCACAACUUCAUGCAACCAAGAAGAAGCUGCUGGCCGGCAGCUCCUCUGAGGCCAGCCCCAACGUCAGCCCAGUCACCUCAUAUAAGCCCACGCCCCCGCCACCCAAAGACCGGCAGCCUGAAACCCCACGGCGCCGCAUGAAGAAGAGCCUCUCCCAGCCUCUUCACCCAGAGUUGACAGAGGUGUACCGGCUGGGCCCAGACGGCAGGCGGGUGGUUCUGCGGGAAACAGUGGACGCCAUGCCUGACCCCACCCCUUUCCUGCAGGCUGGGAAAGAGUCUCCGGAACCUCAGUUAGUGCGUGAACGUCCUGCUGUCAUCCCUCCUAUUGUGUCAGAGCGCCCCCCGGUUUCUCCCCUCGGUGCUACAGCCAGCCCUCGACACAGCCCUGCCCGGGACCGUCAGCACAGGGCUCAUGUGGGCGUGGCACACCGCAUCCCCCACGGUACCCCUCCCCUCGCCCCACCGCAAGCAGAAUUGGAGACGCUGGCAGUGGACCAGGUCAACGAGGAGAAGGUUGUGCGGAAGCGCUCAGGAGUUGACAGGACAGUUUAAAACUGCAAUGCUAACAUGCACAUAAAUGCACACAUCUACUGUAUACCUAAACACGUACAUUUAACUGCAACAGCAGGAAGAAGCCUGACCCACUGUGUAGCCUGCUUUUUACGCAACACUGCAAUGAUAAAAAAAAAAAAAUCCAUAUCAUUUUGUUUAUGGUAUACUUCAAAGACUUUUGUUUUUCUUAAUGUACGGUAGAAAAUGACUACUCAAAAGCAUGCCAAAUGUUUCUAAUUUACCACCCACUGAGAUCUUGUAUCAUACACAUCUUGACUUUUUGCUUAGGCUUUCACUUCAUUCUGUCCAAUGUGGUGCAUAAAACAAAUUCUCAGCCAAAUAUCUGCAUCAGUGCCUACUCAGUCGGCUCAACCGUGCUCAAACUGUGUAGCAUAGUUAAGGCUAAUAGUUAACUCUACAUAUCUUUGUCUGCUCCAUCUUCUCAGUCUGGGCAUCUCAACAAUCUACGUAUAAACCAACCAUAUAUCAAGAUGUCUGCAGCUGCUUAGGAUAGAAUUGAAAUGAUUAAACUAUUAUUCCCCAAAUGACUUUCUUUUUUGCGAUAUCAGUAUAAAUAUGUUAAAGGCAUGAGCCGCCUUAUGUGCAAUUGGAAUUUUUUGGUUGUUUAAUGCAGUAGGAAACUGAUGGUAAGAGGACGUAAAUGUGCAUGUGUGUAAGAGAGUGUGUGUGUUUCAGAACGUCAUGACCAUUGAGAGAAUUGAGAUUUGGCUUAAACAAUAUUGACAGAAGGCAUUUGUGAUACCAGGGCAUUUUUGAAACACUGUAAUAGGACUUUGUGAUAUUAUUAACUGUACUUUAUAAAGCCUGUACAUUUGUAAUGAUUUUUUAAUUUAUUGUUUAAUAUAGAAGAUGGAAGAACACUUCAAAUGUUGAAAGUAAACAUUACCCCACCGACAUGGUAAUCAUAUACACUAAAUAACCUGCUUUUCACAGAAACAUCACUGUUCCUUCAAGUAUAUAAAUCAAUACAAUAAAGCAAUGCCUUUUGA